UUAAAGUUUGUGAUUUUGGCUUUUUGUAUUGGGUCACAAAGCAGUCUUUCAUACACGAGUGCUUUUCUUAGCGGCUUUCUCCUCCUACUUAUUCAUUGUGAGCACGAAUCAGGACAAGCAAGAAACCUGAUCCACAAACUAGCAAAGUCCCCUCCCUUUGCUCUUCCUUCUCUCACCCACAAUACCACACAGCAAAACACAACCACUGCUGUAUUCACAGCUGCGUGAAAGCUUGUGGUUAAAAUGAUCUUCAGCUCAACUGAAGGUGGAUUUUGUUGCUGUCUUUGAUUUUUUUUUGUUUUGGCAAACUUUGAAUACAUGCCUUGGAUUUAUUUUUUGGGAAAAUGCAGACACAGCUCGUUGGUGUGUGUUUGGCAAUCAUCGGCUUUCUUGGCACCAUCCUUAUCUGCGCACUGCCUAUGUGGAAGGUGACAGCCUUUGUUGGGGCAAACAUCAUCACCUCUCAGGUUUUCUGGGAAGGUUUAUGGAUGAAUUGUGUAAUCCAGAGUACGGGUCAUUCGCAGUGUAAGGCCUACGACUCCAUUCUGGCUUUACCACAGGAUCUGCAGGCUUCCAGGGCUCUGAUCUGCGUUUCCAUCGCUGUCAGCGUGGUGGCCCUAGGGCUCACUGUGGUCGGGGCCCGCUGCACCAACUUCUUGCGAGGCGACUGGCUGACCAAAGCUAAUAUUGGCCUGGCUGGAGGUUUGGUGUUUGUUUUAGCAGGACUCCUGUGCAUUAUUCCUGUCAGCUUGUCGGCGUACAGCAUCAUCACAGGCUUCUACAACCCCCUGGCCACCUCUGAGAGGAGGGGAGAGCUAGGGGCUUCCAUCUAUGUGGGCUGGGCGUCUGGAGCUUUGCUCAUCAUUGGAGGAGGGGUGUUGGGUAGCACCUACCGAUGCUGAGGAGGAGUAGGAAACAAGACACGUCGAUGCCAUGCGACCAUUUGAAAAUGAGCAGUAAUGUGUUUACUGUGAUGGACUUUGAUUAUAGCUUCUCUUUCAACAUUUAUUUUAACCUUAGUUAAAUGCACUAUAUUGACAUUUUGCAACUACAGUUAUCCAUGUAAAAUAUGAAAAAGUGUAGCACAGUGUACAGUAAAUUGAAGGACCAGGACAUGCAGCUUUUUUAAAGUGAAGAAUGAUACAAUGAUAUGAAUGUCUGGUUGAACCAAUAGUUGUUAAAUGUGAUAUGUUAGGAUGUUAUUUGAGAAAAAGAGAUCUUAGUAUAUGUGAAUGUUGUAGUAUGUGCAGAGCACAUUAUGAAUGCUGCAAGAAUAAUCAAUUUAAAGGCCUUUAAAGACACAAGACUGUCAUGUUUCUUAAUAAUAUUAAACUUUAUUUUUUUAAAUGCCAGCGAAAUGUGAAUCUGUUUGCAGCAAUACAGUUUUACUUGUUUCAGGAAUUUUAAGAACCAACUUUCAGGUGCUUGAAACAGUUAUAAAGGUAAAUAAAUCAGCUAAAUAAAAAGUAAUUAAUCUUUUAUCACACAAGAGUUGUGAAAUAAGUUAAGUUGAACAGUAUGUUUGCUGUUGUUGGACACACUUUUCCAUCUGGCCAAA